CCUACCGUCUUCCCUUCAGCAGCAAUGGCGUCCGCGGCAGCGCAACUGUCGCUUCCGCGCACCAUCCGAUCAUCUCCAGCCGUCCAUUGCCCCCCUUCGAGCUGCCAUCGCUCCGCCGUGCUUCCGCGUUUCUCGGGCUUUAAACUCUCGCCGCCAGCAGAGAAAAUAUGCGACCACAAUGCACUCCGCAGUACUAGAGCCGUGCCUGGCGGAAGGGGGGGGAAGGAGAACCCCGCCCGCCUUCCGCAUGCACUCGCGCGCGCGGACGUACUGGUCGCGGCGGCGGAAGGCGGAAGCCGCGCGCCCCCGCGGGAUCGGAAACAGAAGCUCGCUCCGGCAGGCGGGCGCGCGGGGGGCGCGGGGCGGCCAGGCGGAAAGAUUCCGUACGAGCUGGAGGCGGUGAUCAGCAACCUCGUUUCGCUGGCACCACGUGGCAGCAUCUCGCGGUGCAUGGAGACGUUCAAGGGCAAGCUGACGCUGCCAGACUUUGCUCUGAUUUUCAAGGAGUUCGCGCAGAGGGGCGAUUGGAUCCGCGCCAUGCGCCUGUUCAAGUACAUGCAGCGGCAGCAAUGGUGUGCGCCCAACGAGUAUAUCUACACCAUCAUGAUCGGCAUCAUGGGUCGCGAGGGCAUGUUGGACCGGGCUCAAGAGCUGUUUGAGGAGAUGCCAGAGCACGGGGUGGAGUGGAACGUGUAUUCUUUCACCGCCCUCAUCAACGCUUAUGGAAGGAACGGCAUGUAUGAGCGGUCACUUGACUUACUUGCAAGGAUGAAGCGUGAGGGCGUGGCGGCCAACAGCAUCACCUACAACACCGUGCUGCACGCGUGUGCCAAGGGCGCCAUGGCGUGGGAUGGGCUCGUGGAUAUCUUUGCCAAGAUGAGGCAGGAUGGCGUGCAGCCCGAUAUAGUCACAUUCAACACCCUGCUGGCUGCAUGCAACGCUCGUUCCCUUGUUGAGCAGUCAGCAAUGGUCUUCCGUUCUAUGGUGGCUUCGCAGGUGCCGCCCAACGCUCUCUCGUACGCCUCAUUGGUCGACACGCACCGCAGGGGUGGCCAGCUGGGCGGCGUGCGUCGUCUGUUUCAGGAGAUGUCAGGGGAGGAAGGGGUGGUGGCUGACGUGUCAGCCUACAACAUGCUCAUCGACGCCUAUGCAUGGGGGGGAGAGUACCAGGCAGCUCAAGAGGUGUUCAACGAGAUGCAGGCAGCAGGCUGCAUCCCUAAUGUCGCAACCUACACCGCUCUCCUUAAAGCCCUUGGCUCGAAUGGCAGCUACCACCACGUGCGCUCAGUAUUCACGCAGAUGAAGGCGUCGGGCCGCAAGCCCGACCUGGCCACGUACCGCGCGCUGCUUGACGUGUUCAUCUCGGGGGGGUUCUUCCGGGAAGCUUCCCGGCUGUUUCGCGACAUGGAGGAGGAUGGGGUGGAGGUGGAUGAGGGGGCCUUCACCUCGCUGCUCGUGGCGUGCGGGCUCGGGGGGCUUACGACUGAAGCAACCGAGAUAUACAGAUUCAUGCGAGAGCGGUCACAGGUGCAGCCGUCAUCCUCGUUAAUGGAGGCUCUGAUUAGCGCGUAUGGGCAGGCAGGCAUGUACGACCAUGCCCUCACAGCACUGCACGAGAGCAUGGAGAUGGGGUUAACUGACCAACCAGGUCCCUUCCUCGCCUUGAUGGAAGCGUACGCAGCAGGGGGCAUGCACGACGAUGCAGCAUUCAUUUUCGCACUCAUGGUGCAGUCAGAUGGGGGGAGAACUGCUGGGGCAGGAGGGGGUUCGCUCCCUGGCUCCACCACUGCUGGAAACGCCUCUCUUUCGCUCGCCUCUUCCCCCAACUCCUCCUCUCCCUCCUCCCCCUCCUCCUCCUCCUCCUCCUCCUCUCUCUCUGGAGGCUCGGGCCCUUACCCUGCUGAUGCCUCUCUGAGGACCUUCAAUGCUCUUAUCGAGGCCUUCACUAAAGGGGGCCUGUAUGAUGAAGCCAUAAAAGUCAACGAGGAUAUGGAGCAAGCCAACUGCCGCCCCUCCCUGGCAACCCAUGCUGCAAUGGUGGCAGCAUACAGUGCAGCCGGCACGUUUGAGGCGGCAUAUGCCCAAACGACGGAGAUAAGGGAGGAGGGCAUGGUGCCGCCUGCUGCCAGCUACUGCCAUCUCUUAGCCCUUUGUGCGAGACGAGGAAGGUGGCAGGACAUGAGGCGGCUAUUAGCGGAGAUGGAGGGGGGAGGCACAGGCGAGGAGCACCGCAUAGUGCGAGGGCUGCUGGUGGGCCGGUACGAGUCGGAGGAGUUCUGGCCGAUCGCGGAGGACUUCUUUGGGCGGCUCAAGAGGGAGGGAGUGGCAGUGAACCGUGUGUUCCUCAACGCCCUCAUGGACGCCCUGUGGUGGGCGGGCAGGCGAGCCACGGCACUCAAGCUGCACUCCCCAGCCACAACCCUCGCCGUCUUCCCGGAAGCCUCCUACCGCUCCCCGACCCUGUGGUCUCUCGAUGUGCACCGCAUGUCGCAAGGGGCGGCAUCUGUGUUCUUGCAUCACUGGCUCUCUCAAGUGCAUGAAACGGCUGUGCUGGAACCAGCAGACCUCCCUCCCCUCUUCAGUAUAGUCACAAGGUGGGGAGACGAGAGUCCUAACAAGGAGGAAGCUGAUGCAGCACCGGUUAAUAAAGCUAUGAUGCAAGCCGUCCAAUCACUGCAACUCCCCUUUGCUCCAGCUCCAUGGAACAGAGGGCGAUUGGUUGUGAAUCGAGAUGCCUUGUUGCCAUGGCUACUGGCAGAGGGAAAUGCUGAUUUCUUGGUCCUGAAUGAUGCUCCAUUUCCUGUAGAGGUUUCAAGCAGGCCCGGGGCUUGAUUCAUGUCCGUCCACCUCUUUUUGUUGAGAAGAUGUGUAAGCUGCUGCAUUUUCCUUGAAGGUUGGUUAUCUCAAAUUGGUUUUGAUUGUUCUGUAUUCUUGUAGUUGGACGCGUAGGCCACA